CCAAGGGCUUCUCUCUGGGCUCCACGGUGCAGUCUCACACCAAGGGAAUCUGGAUGUGGUGUAUGCCUCAUCCUGAAAAGGCAGACCACACCCUCGUGCUGCUUGACACUGAGGGCCUGGGAGAUGUAGAGAAGGGUGACAACCAAAACGACUCCUGGAUCUUUGCUCUCGCAAUACUGCUGAGCAGCACCUUUGUGUACAACAGCAUGGGGACCAUCAACCAGCAGGCCAUGGACCAGCUGCACUAUGUGACAGAAAUGACAGAUCGAAUACGGGCAAAAUCUUCACCUGGUGCAAAUGAGAUUGAGGAUUCUGCUGACUUCAUACGCUUCUUUCCAGAUUUUGUGUGGACACUGAGGGACUUUUCCCUAGACUUGGAAGCAAAUGGACAACGCAUCACAGCGGAUGAGUACCUGGAGAAUUCACUCAAACUUAGGAAAGUUGACGAUCAAAAGGAUAAAGAUUUUAAUUUUCCUCGACUCUGUAUCCGGAAGUUCUUCCCACAGAAGAAAUGCUUUCUUUUUGAUCGGCCCACUCACGGGAAGAAUCUAGGCCAGCUUGAGACCCUACAUGAUGAUGAGCUAGACUCCGACUUCGUGCAAAAAGCUACAGUCUUCUGCUCCUACAUCUUCAACAGUUCCAAAGUUAAAACACUUCCAGGAGGCAUCAAGGUCAAUGGACCUCGACUGGAGAAUCUGGUGCUGACCUACAUCAAUGCCAUCAGCAGUGGGGGUCUGCCCUGCAUGGAGAACGCGGUCCUGGCCUUGGCCCAGAUAGAAAACUCAGCCGCAGUGAAAAAGGCCAUUGCCCUCUAUGAUGAGCAGAUGGCCCAGAAGGUGCAGCUGCCCACGGAAACCGUCCAGGAGCUGCUGGCCCUGCACAGGGCCAGUGAGAAAGAGGCCAUUAAAGUCUUCAUGAAGAACUCAUUCAAGGAUGUGGACCAUUUAUUCCAAAUGGAAUUAGUGGCCCAGCUAGAAAAAAAGGAAGAAGACAUUUGUACACAGAAUAUGAAAGCAUCAUCAGAUCGUUGCUCAGCUUUACUUAAGGAUAUCUUCAAUCCUCUGGAAGAAGAUAUAAAACAGGGGAUUUAUUCUAAACCAGGAGGAUAUCAUCUUUUUAUCCGGAAGAGGCAGGAGCUAGAAAAACAAUACCGUCAGGAACCCAGGAAGGGAAUACAGAGUGAGGAAAUUCUUCGGACAUACUUGGAGUCCAAGGAGGCUGUGACUGAAACAAUUCUACAGAUAGACCAGACUCUCACAGAGAAGGAAAAGGAGAUUGAAGAGCAACGUAUGAAAGCUGAAUCUGCAGAGGCUGCAAAAAAAAUGUUGGAGGAGAUGCAGAUAAAGAAUCAGCAGAUGAUGGAGCAGAAAGAAAAGAGGUAUGAGGAGAUUCUGCAACAAGUGACUGAGAAGGCGGACAAGGAGAAGGCCCAGUUAAUGGCAGAACGAGACAGAGUUCUCAAUCUUAAACUUCAGGAACAAGCCCGGUUUCUGAAUGAAGGAUUCAAACAGGAGAGUGAAAAACUUCAUAAAGAAAUACAGUAUCUCCAGAAUGACAUGAGAAGGAAGAGAUGUAUCAUAAGCUAAAGACUUAAGGAAUAGAGCUUUCCUGUUCACUCUUUGCCGAAGGCAUAACUCAAGCAGUUUUAGAAUUUGGAAAAAUGUCGCUAUGUGGCAGGAAAAGAAAACCCCAUAAAAAGCUUCUAUGCUCUGCAGCUUCUUUGAUAAGCAGUGCUCUCUGUAACACCUGCAAAAUUUCACAAUGCCUUUUGUUUUGAUGUGACAGGACGUAGCUGAACAAAAGCUAUUUUUAGGUAGGAGCUGGCCAGUGGCCUUUCCUAGGAUAAUGGCUUGUUAUCUCAAGGCCAAAGCAUUAACCUUCACUUCUGCUUCUGUAUGCUUGCUUUAGCAAUUGCUUCCCCCCUCCCUUUUUGCCUUGUAGCAAGUAUUUAUAGGAAACUCCAGCUUAAACUCUUUGCUCAGAGAAUUUGUGUGGUUAACCCCUCUGAGCCCGUGCGUAAUAAAGGAUCGUGCUUCGCCA